UUGCCGUCAUUUGAUCGGAGCGUUUCCAGUCCUACGGUUUUACACAAAUGCCGCCAGAAGAAAAUUCAGAGGCGGAGCUGGAGAUGGCGGGAAUCGGGAAACGCGAACAGGAGAAGGAACCGGAAAGAAGCGAGUCGUUCGUCUGGGAUGAAGAGUCGAAAUUGUAUUUCCACGCGGGGUUGGUACUUUAGCAGUAGAGACGGUCUCUAUUACACAUAUGAGGAUGGGAAUUAUGUCCUGUUGGAGUCCAGCAAGCAACCCAUGUCUGAGGAGUCAGCUGAACCAAGCGGAAAUCAACCAUGCAGUUCAGAGCCUUUGCAUGAUGAAGAAGAGAAUGCACGCCCUCCAUCAGAGUGGUUAGAAGAUACACUUAUCAACCUUUACCUAAUGGGUUACCCCAACUCUGAAGCCCACAGGGUUGAAACUGGAGAAUUGGGCACUGAUAUUGAUGCUCCAUCUGAUUCUGAAUAUCUUGCAGAGAUUAAUGAGAGUAUUUUAUCCAAUGCUGAUGCACAGUUAGAAAGUUCAGAACAUGGAGAGUUGUUUUCUCAAGUAGAGGAGUCUGGAACUGUGGCAGAGAACAUGCGAAGCAGACCAGAACCUAGCGAUGAAGUUGCUAAUGAAGCUACAGAAUCUGAUGAAGACAAUUGGCGAGCUCAGUAUGGUCAAGUAGAACAUUCAAUAAAUGAUAGUGCCUUUGGAUUCCCUGUAGUUGAUCUAUGGGAUUGGUCACUUGUGGUUGACGAUGCAAGUGGAAAGAAACAUAAACUAGUAGGCAGGCUUACGAAGAAAUCUGUCAAGUUGCAUCCUUCUAUGCCAGCUGGUGGUGGAUUGUUCAAGACUGCAGCAAUAUCAGAAGUACAUCUUGAUCUAGUGCGAGUUUCAUCAGGUCGAAUCUACAGAUUAAGACAACCUAGUGGAGCAUACUUAGCUUCAGUGACAAAGUACGAUUCAUCUGAUCCCACCAAGGACUGGGGGUUCCGUGAUUUGUUUCAGACAAUUGAUAGCGUAGCUGACUAUGAGCCAUGCUCCUCUUCUGGAGGAAAUGCAUCAAAAAUGCCAGAUCAUUCUGCCAAUGGAGCUUCACUGGAGUUACCUGAUGAUGUUGAUAUCUUGAAAAAGAAAAAAUGCACUUACAGAGAUAGAGCUGCUGAGAGACGAAAACUGCACGGAGGUUUUGGUGUGGGCCUUGGACAUAAGAAUGAUGAAUGGGAGUCUUCUUCUCCUGAGUACUCAGAAGAAGCUUCAUUUGGAUCUUCAUCCUCAACAUUUGCAGCUGGUAGUUAUGGUAGACAACUCUUAGAGCGCAUGGGUUGGAAAGAGGGAGAAGGUCUUGGGAAGACGCAGAAAGGAUUGCUAAAACCACUCCAAGCUAUUGGAAAUAAAGGAUCGGCAGGGCUUGGAUGGAAGAACGACAGAGUAUGGCCUCAUGUAAAGUUCUGAUAAUGUCUAAGAAUCAGUUGUAUAGGCAAAUCAGAUGUUUCUACUUUGUACCAGUAUCUGCUUUAAUGAGCACCGCUAGGUGUAUAAGAAUCAGUUGCAUCGGCGAAUUGGAUAUUUCUAUUUUGUAUUAGUAUUUGCUUUAAUGUGCAUCGCUAUGCUUCGGUU